AUGAAGGUCAGCUUGGAUUCUAGAGUGCGAGAAAUUGUUAACAGAAAUAUGAUUUCUCCUACGCCACAUACAUUUGACGAGGCUCAGCUACAAAUCUAUACCCUGAUGCACAGGGAUUCUUACCCACGAUUUGUUAACAGUCCUCUUUUUAAGCAACUAGCCCAGCUACAAAAUGGCGACAGUGGGAGUGAUGGCGCAAGUGCUGCAGAGGCAAAGUCCUCUGGUGCCCAGUGAAUAAAAGAUAGUUGAUAGUUUAGUAAUACUAAUACAUAUAUUAUGUACACACAUUAUAUAUAUAUAUAUAUAUAUAUAUAUAUAUAUAUAUAUAUAUAUAUAUAUAUAUAUAU